AAGAGUUUCCGCCCAAAAUUUCGUUAAAAGCUUGGAAGAGAAGAAGAGAGAGAAGAGAGAGACCGUUACCGGCUUAUGCGUUUCGUAAGACACGCAGGCAAACACGGCCUUAGCCUCACAAGUUCUUCUUUUACUUUGUCAAUUUGUCAGACCUCCCAAAAGCUUUAGCUUUGCUCUUUGAUCUCUUUCAUUGCCUUUUCACAAGAAUUUGGAGAGAGAUUGGAUCUCAUUAUUAUUCUUUUCCUUUACACGCCAUUUUCACGCGGUGAUCUCUAAACAGUGAUUUGGGUUUUUACCAAGUAAUAUGAUGGAGAAGGCUGACUCUGGGCAGAAGCUAUACACACGAAUGCGGCUAUGGGAGUUUCCGGAUCAGUAUGUGAUUGAGCCCACUGAUGGCUCUCAUGGUUCCUCUUUGGCAGUUAGUAGGGUUGAUGGGUCUAUGCAACUCAUUGAGAAGCUUCCAGAUUCAAACUCUGUUCGGGUUCCUAAAAUUCGAACUAUUUUUGGUGUCGUUGGAAUUCUAAAGCUUUUGGCAGGAUCAUAUUUGAUGGUUAUAACAGACCGUGAAUGUGUCGGUUCUUACUUGGGGCAUCCUAUCUUUAAAGUUUCAUCGUUGAAGGUUUUCCCCUGUGACCACUCUUUAAAGAAUUCCCCUACAGAACAGAAAAAGAUGGAGACUGAGUUUUCUGGGCUGCUAAAUAUAGCAGAGAGGACUCCUGGUCUUUAUUUCUCAUAUGAGACCAAUUUAACGCUGAGUGCACAGCGAUUGCAUGAUUUAGGUGAUGAAUCCAAAUUGCUUCCACUUUGGAGACAGGCAGAGCCUAGAUUUCUCUGGAACAAUUAUAUGUUGGAAGGGCUUAUAGAUAGUAAGCUUGACCCGUAUCUGCUUCCUAUUGUUCAAGGGAGCUUUCAUCACUUUCAAGCAGCCAUUGGAAAAGAUAUUAUUGAUGUUACUCUGAUUGCUAGGAGAUGCACUAGGAGAAAUGGCACUCGAAUGUGGAGAAGAGGAGCUGAUUCUGAUGGGUAUGUAGCAAAUUUUGUGGAAACUGAGCAGAUUAUGCACUUGAAUGGGUUUACGGCAUCAUUUGUCCAGGUUAGGGGGUCAAUUCCGUUGCUUUGGGAGCAAAUUGUUGAUUUAACAUAUAAGCCUAAGUUUGAACUUGUGCAACUUGAGGAAUCUCCCCGAGUGGCCGAGCGGCAUUUUCUGGAUUUAAGAAAAAAGUAUGGGGCUGUGUUAGCUGUUGAUCUUGUGAACACGCAUGGAGGUGAAGGACGCUUGAGUGAGAAAUUUGCAAAUGCAAUGCAGCAUAUUGUUAGUGAUGAUCUAAGAUAUUGGCACUUCGAUUUUCAUCAUAUCUGUGGGCACGUCCAUUUUGAGCGCCUCUCGAUCCUUUAUGAACAAAUUGUAGAUUUCCUCGACAGGAAUGGGUAUCUUCUAUUGAAUGAAAAGGGUGAGAAAAUGAAGGAGCAACUAGGAGUUGUAAGGACCAAUUGCAUUGAUUGCUUAGAUCGUACAAAUGUUACCCAGAGCAUGAUAGCCCGAAAUAUGUUGGAAUGCCAACUUAGAAGGCUUGGGAUUUUUGCUGCUGAAGAAACUAUUAGCUCACAUCCCAAUUUAGACGAAUGCUUUAAAAUCCUGUGGGCUAAUCAUGGGGAUGAUAUAAGCAUCCAGUAUUCUGGCACUGCUGCUUUGAAAGGGGAUUUUGUAAGAUGUGGGAAGCGAACAAUGCAAGGGAUUGCUAAGGAUGGAAUCAAUGCCCUUCUACGCUAUUAUUUCAAUAACUUUGUUGAUGGAACCAAACAGGAUGCAAUUGACCUCCUGCAAGGACAUUACAUUGUCUCUGUCAGCAGAGAUAUGACACCAUCAUCUCAAAAGGGAGGACUUGAGGCUGUUGCUUCAUUUCCACUGGCUUUAUCAUUCGUUUUGACAGGGUUCUUUUUCGCAACAUUGUCAUUGAGGCAAGUAAGGUACGAUCUACGGCACUUGUUCUUCUCAGUGAUAUGGGCUGGUCUAAGUGUUGCUAUAGCUGCAUUUGUGAGGGCCAAUGGGCGUAUCUUCUGCAAUAGACCCCGUCUACACAAGCCUCGGUGUUGAUUCUGGGUUCAGAAUGCUAUGGUUAAUUCAAUUUCCUGUGAAGCAUUUCCUGUUUGCUUCACAGUACCUGAUUCUUUGAUUUGUAGUCCACAUAGUCUUGAAUUUUUUUAUUAUCAAUUAUACGUGAAGGUUAAUACCACAUGUAAACACCUGCUGCGUUGGUAGUGCCUUCUUAUCAUCAUUCCUUUCUGUGUAAAUGCUUGCACUUUGUUCAAGCUUUUCAGGUGGUGUUAUCAUGGAUGUGGUUUUUGUCA